ACUGAGCGGCGGGUAAAACAGAGAGAGCAGCGGGCAGCCGAGCACAGACACGAGGAGAAUGGCCAAAACACUGCAGGGGAUUACGCUGAAGGGCAGCGCUGAGCUGGUUGCGGAGUUCUUCUCAUUUGGGAUAAACAGUAUCUUGUACCAGCGAGGAAUUUAUCCUGCAGAGACGUUUACCAGAGUCACUCAGUAUGAUAUGAGUCUUCAGCUCACCACAGACCCCAAACUGAAGAACUACCUCACCAACGUUGUGACACAACUCAAAGAGUGGCUGUUUGAUUGCACAGUGCAGAAGCUGGUGGUGGUGAUCACAUGCCUUGAGACAAAUGAGGUCCUGGAGCGGUGGCAGUUUGACAUAGAGUGUGACAAGACAGCCAAGGAGAGCAGUGCUCCCAGGGAAAAGUCUAUGAAAGCCAUCCAGGAAGAAAUCCGUUCUGUUAUCAGACAAAUCACAGCCACUGUUACCUUCUUGCCUUUACUGGAAACAGCAUGUGCAUUUGACCUCCUGAUCUACACAGACAAGGAUCUGGAGGUUCCUGAGCAGUGGGAGGAAUCUGGGCCUCAACUUAUUGACCAAUCGGAGGAGGUGCGGCUUCGGUCUUUCACCACAUCUAUCCACAAAGUCAACAGUAUGGUGGCCUACAAAAGGACAAACUCCAUGUAAACAUGUUUCUGUCUCACUUUGUCCGUUUCUGUAAAUAGUUGUGAACUUUCUUUGUUCCCAAGCAAAUCCCUCAUUUGCAGAGGUUUUUUAUGUCUGUAUCCCUGAAAAUGGAAAUUAAAAGUCCUCCUUUGACAUGGGGGGAAAAACCUG